UUCUCCGCUCGCGAGGAUCGCACUCCUGAGGCAGUAAUCGAGGUAGAACUUCCCCUGACAUUGUUCCUUCAGGGCCAGGGUCUAGGCCGUUGCCCUGAGCUAUUGCAAUGCAGCUCCCAGAGCUACCAACAAGUGCCCAGAUGAAGUCGAUUGACUCAACUCUCGAAAUCGAAUCUACAAAGAGCGCGGCGACGAUGGUGGCUCCCCAGUGUUCGAUAUGUCAGAAAAGCGCGAAAUAUCGAUGCCCCCGCUGUGCCUUGCGUACCUGCUCUGUGGAUUGUGUCAGAUCCCACAAGGAAGCGUCUGGUUGCUCAGGACUCCGCGACCGCACCGCCUACGUUCCACUCAGCAAGUUCACUGAGAUGGAUCUCCAAUCCGAUUACAGACUUCUGGAGGAAACAGCAAAUGUGAUAGACGGCAGUAUCAGAGACAAGAUCGUCAAACCCCAUCGAGGACCGGUUCUUCCCCAGAACUUAAUCAACUUGCAAAAACUCGCUUGGAAGAGCAGUCGCAUUGGACUCCAGUUUCUACCGGAGAUGUUCUCCAAACGGAAAAUGAAUCGAACCUCGAUCAAGAGAGGAAUCCUCCACUGGACGGUUGCGGUGGAGAUCCCUCAGAGCGAUGUCUCACUACUCAAACAUAACGUUGCAUCGACGGCUUUGCUGAAAGACUUCCUCCACGACGUGAUACGGGGCCUGACAGAUUCCGAAAAACAGAGAGCGUGCGCCCUCGUAAACUGCUCCUUCAAUGAUCUCUCGGUUUUCCUCAAGGCCGAGAGGCGACCAGCAAACGACGAGCGAUAUCAUCAAUUGGACUCUGACCUGAGUCUAGAAGAAAAUUUCAAGGAGAAACACAUUACAGAGUUCCCGACACUGUGGUUGGCAACACAGGAUCAUCGUGGAAUCUUCAACCUACUCGAAUCCGUCAAAACGAAAUACACCGUGGAAGCGAAGCUCCCGUCGUUUUUCCAAGAAGUUGACGAUUCGGAUUGACUGUGAUCGGCGA